CCGUUCAAUGAUCCCAGGAUUUAUCCACAAUUACUCGACCCGUGGAGUCAUGCUUUAUUUGAAGAUAAAAUCAAGCCUUUGGAUAGUAAAUCAGAUUCAAAGUUACUUGUUGAUAUUGAACAAAGUGCUUCGAAAACUCAAGAAAUAGCUGAAAAUAUUCAUGAAAUCAAGAUUGUUGAAGAGCAACUAAAAGAUGUCGCAGACUUUGAAACAAAUUGUAUUUUCAACGAUAUGCGCACGGAAAGAUUCUUGAUACACCAUCAAGAUUUGAUGGGCAUGACAGUAACAUCUGGCAGCGUGACACUCGCCAAGGAUGAGAAGAAUCUCAUCGGAAUCAGUAUUGGCGGUGGAGCUCCUUUGUGUCCCUGUCUCUACAUUGUACAGAUAUUCGACAAUACCCCAGCUUCGAAAGAAGGUACGCUUCAAAGCGGUGAUGAGUUGGUUGGAGUCAAUGGACAGACUGUAAAAGGAAAGACUAAAGUUGAAGUUGCGAAGAUGAUACAAUCUGCUAAGGAUGAAGUAACAAUAAACUACAACAAACUUCACGCAGAUCCAAAACAAGGCAAAAGCCUAGAUAUAAUCAUGAAGAAGAUCAAACAUCGACUAGUCGAAAACAUGUCAUCAGGAGCGGCUGAUGCUUUGGGUUUGUCUAGAGCUAUUCUGUGCAAUGACACACUGGUUGCCAAGCUGAAUGAAUUAAGGGAUACUGAAAGCACUUAUAAAAGACUUGUUGAACAUGCCAAAAGAAUGUUAAAAUCCUACUUCGACCUACUUCAAACAUACAAGUCAAUAGGUGACAUAUUUGCAGCCAUAGGAGUGAGAGAGCCUCAGGCAAGAGCUUCAGAAGCAUUCACGAAGUUUGGCCAAUAUCACAGACUGUUGGAACGUGAUGGUAUUAAAAUGCUGAAGGCUUUAAAACCUAUUCUAGCAGACAUGGGCACUUAUCUAAACAAAGCGAUCCCAGACACAAAACUAACAAUCCGUAAAUAUGCGGAUACAAAGUUCGAGUAUCUCUCGUAUUGUCUCAAAGUGAAGGAAAUGGAUGACGAGGAAUAUGGUUACAAUGCCUUACAAGAGCCUUUGUACAGGGUUGAAACUGGGAAUUAUGAAUAUAGGUUGAUUCUUCGUUGUCGUCAAGAGGCAAGAUCACGUUUCGCGCGUCUGCGAUCCGACGUUCUUGUGAAACUGGAGUUGCUCGACAACAAGAAGACGCAAGACGUCGCAUACCAACUCCGUAGGUUUAUCCAGGGGCUUGCAGUUUAUCAUAAUGAAAGCGUCGAACACCUAAAAGAAAACGCUACGCUUUUCCCCGUCGAAGUGGAUCUAUCACAGAAUGCCUUCCAGUACAAAUCAACAGGACCAAUUACUUCGGACAAUCCUGAAGACGAAGAAGAAAUAGAAUAUGCCAAAGAAAUUCAAGAGUACCAUGACUUAUCAGACACUGAGAUGAAAGAACCAAAAUAUUUAAACCGUCGUCAAAACAAAGACAAGGAUAGCUCUGAAUCGUCUGAAAAGCUACUAGCAGAACUCGAUACUGAUAUCGAUAAUGAGAAAACAGUUAAAAGUCAUGAUAACUUGACACUUUUAACAGAAUUAGGUUUGGCAGAUAUGACUACGACAGCUGUUGACGACUUUGGUGACUUUCAAAAUGGAGCAAUGGAUGAAUUCAUACCAAAACAUACUUGUGACGUCGAUGAUGUUUUCGACAAACUGAUAAAUGAUCUUAAUAUUGGUAAAUAA